AUGAAAUCGACAGAAACGAGCAAUAGUAACAAGAACUUGUUCUUCCUUGCGCUGAGCAAGAACAAAGCAACCAUUUAUGAAUAUGAUGUCCGCUUUAGUGGUUGUAUCAUAAACGACAUAGAAGAGGAAAUUAAACGGAGUGAAGAAAAUGGUGUGGCGUUACCUAACGAAAGUACCAAACACGAAUGCAUAGACAUGAAAGAAACAACCGAAAGCAAUGAAACCCGAAACCCUUCUUUUACACAAGUAAAAAAAAAUGGAAAUAAAUUUAACAAUGAUUUUGUACUGAAUCGGGGAAUUCGUAUUUAUAAAGAAUUUGAUGAUGUGGAGUUAGCCACUUGCACAAAUGAUUAUAAAAAAAUAAUUCUCGUGAGAAAAUCUAACUUACACGUGGCAGAAAUUAUAGACCUACGACAAGAUGUUGACACGAAGAAAGAAAACCACCCCCCCUGUUGCUGCUGCUCCUGCUGCUCCUCUUCCUCCUUCCAAAUAAAAGCGAAGACACCCAUUAAGGCUAUUUGUAGCAGUCCCAAGGAUAGUCAUCUGGUAUUGUACUGUCAGUAUAAACCGGAGGUAUCACCACAUAAUUUGUUCAUGUAUAAGAUUGGCAAGGCGGCUGAUCCGAAGAAGAAAAAAAGGAAGAAAAAGGGGAACGAUGACCAUGUUGAUGGUAAACCUGUUGGUGGUAAUCAUGUUGUUGGUCAUCAUGUUGGUGGUAAACCUGUCGAUGGAAACCAUGUUGUUGGUAAUCAUGUUGAUGGUAAUCAUGUUGGUGGUCAUCAUGUUGGUGGUAAUCAUGUUGGCGGUAAACCUGCCGAUGGAAACCAUGUUGGUGGUCAUCAUGUUGAUGGUAAUCAUGUUGGUGGUCAUCAUGUUGGUGGUAAUCAUGUUGGCGGUAAACCUGCCGAUGGAAACCAUGUUGGUGGUCAUCAUGUUGACGGUAAUCAUCCUGUUGGUGGUCAUCAUGUUGGUCGUCAUCAUGCCAGUGGUCAUCAUGUUGGUGGUCAUCAUGCCAGCGGUCAUCAUGUUCGUGAUAAUGACGCUGGCAAAGGGACGAAUAAAAUGUCGAGUCAAGGCCACCACGCAGAGGAACACAGCGACCAUGAGGACGGCGCAAGGGGCCACUGCGAUGAUCAUUCUGAUGAAAUUCCCGUCCGUGUGGACACGCUCAAAAGUUAUAGUAGUAAAUUGUGGCCUUUCUACAAAUGGAGCGAGAACGAGUCUAUAUGUGUUAUCCGAAUUAACAACACCAUUUACAUCUAUAAGGAAAAUAAUUUCACAUCAUAUGUAAAUAAAAUGACCUUGGAAAAUUUGGAAUUUUUGGAUGUGUCCCCUGAGCAAGGUAAUAAAAAAGGAGGAGGUGGACAAGGAGGAGGUGGAGGUGGACAAGGAGGUGGAGGUGGACAAGGAGGUGGAGGUGGACAAGGAGGUGGAGGUGGACAAGGAGGUGGAGGUGGACAAGGAGGUGGAGGUGGACAAGGAGGUGGAGGUGGACAAGGAGGUGGAGGUGGACAAGGAAGAGGAGGUGGAGGUGGACAAGGAGGUGGAGGUGGACAAGGAGGUGGAGGUGGACAAGGAGGUGGAGGUGGACAAGGAGGUGGAGGUGGACAAGGAGGUGGAGGUGGACAAGGAGGUGGAGGUGGACAAGGAAGAGGAGGUGGAGGUGGACAAGGAGGUGGAGGUGGACAAGGAAGAGGAGGUGGAGGUGGACAAGGAGGAGGAAAAGAAGGAGGGGGACAAGGCGCAGGAGGGGGAGUGUUUAUCGCGACGUAUGAAAGAGGAUCUAAGGGUAAACCAUCCGUUUUUAAGCUUUUUAAAUCAUCCGAUUUUGGAAACCACGUGUACUCCAAGACUUUCUUCAACUCAGAUGAAAUGAAGCUUAAAUGGAACAAAAAUGCCAGUGCAGUGUUGUUAAAUGUACACACACAGGUGGAUAAGGAGAAGCAGUACUACUAUGGACUGAGUAAUUUAUUUUUUAUCGAAACAAAUAAAUUUAGCGAAGUGAAUAUAAUGACUGAUCGAGGACAAAUCUAUGAUUAUAUAUGGUCCCCCAAUCAAAACAAGUUUUACGUUUGCAAAGGAGACAUUCCCGCAGAAAUUGUUUCGUAUGACAAAUGUGCUAACGUAGCUCAUUCCUUUGGAAGGCAUAAAUUUAACACCUUAAGAUUGAAUUGUUCAGAGAAGUUACUUUUAACAGGUGGGUUUGGGAAUUUAAGUGGAGAUAUCACUUUAUGGAAUACUUCCACAGAGAAAGAAGUUAGCAAAACAAAAGCAUCCUGUGCAGUGGUGUGUGAAUUUUUUAACGACGGAAAACAUUUCCUCACCGCAACUACCCACCCAAGACUUCGCGUCGAUAAUCACUUGAAAAUUUUUACGCAUGAUGGUUUUAUUGUUAGUAGAAUUAAUUUUGAAGAAUUAUACAAGGUUAUUAUUCUCCCUUUUAACAAGAUUAAUUUUUCCGAAUCGGAUGCAUCUUUGGGUAUUUACAUGGAAAAUUCUCCGCAGGAAUUAUACAUACAUAAACAGUUAGGUAUCGAUUCGAAGAAAACUGGCGUUUACCGUGCUCCUGGAACUUCUGCCACGGCAAGGUUAACUUUAAAUGGGUUUAUGAAUGCCAAGAAACCAAUACAAAGGGCGAUCAAAACCAAAACACCGGGUGCCAACUUCGUGCAGCAGAAGGAGAAAAAGACGACGAAGACAACGUCGUCGAAGAAGAAGAAAAACAAAAAGAAGAAGAAUACCCAAACGGAGGAAAACGACACACCCGGGAAGGUAGAAGAGGACGAUAUGCAAAAGGAAGAAUCGUAG